UCGAAGGAUGAUGGUCCCAGUCCUGGCCGCACUGCUCCUGGUGCUGGUGCUCCUCUCCUUCUGGAGACGGGCAAAGGGGAAAGCAGAGUCCAGGCCCAAGUACCCUAGGAGCCUGCCCUCCCUGCCCAUCAUCGGGAGCCUGCUACAUCUGGGCGGUAAUCCCCAGCUCCACCUCCUAUUCCACAGCCUGCAGAAGAAAUACGGCAGCCUCUACUCCCUGAAGAUGGGCUCCCACUACAUGGUGGUGGUGAGCCACUACCGGCAUGCCAAGGAGGUGCUGAAAAAGGGAAAUACUUUUGCCGGCCGGCCCCACACUGUGACCACGGACAUGCUGACCAGGGACGGCAAAGACAUCGCCUUCGCCAGCUACAGCCCGCUCUGGAAAUUCCAGCGUAAGCAGGUGCACGCGGCACUCUCCGUGUUCAGAAAAGGGACGCUGGCCCUAGAGAAAAUCAUCUACCGGGAAGCUGCCUCCCUGUGCGAGACUCUCAGGACUUCGCAGGACACCUUCCUGGACAUAGCUCCGGAGUUCAGCCGAGCCAUCACCAAUGUGAUGUGCUCUCUGUGCUUCAGCUCCUGCUACAAGCGAGAGGAUCCCGACUUCGAGGCCACGCUGCAAUAUAGUCAAGGCAUCGUGGACACGGUGGGCCAAGAGAGCCUGGUGGACAUCUUCCCCUGUCUGCAGGUUUUUCCCAACAAGGACCUGGCGUUGCUGAAGAGGUGCGUGGAGGUCAGAGACCGGCUGCUGCAGAAGCAGUUCAAGGAACACAAGGAAGCACUGGGCAGCGACUCGGCCAACGACCUGAUGGAUGCGCUGCUGCGCGCCCAGCUCAACUUGGAGAACAACAACAGCCGGCUGGCCCAGCCGCUGGAGCUGACGGACGACCACCUCCUCAUGACCGUGGCCGACAUCUUCGGGGCGGGCGUCGAGACCACCAGCACCGGGCUCAAGUGGGCUGUGCUCUACCUGCUCCACUACCCAGAGGUGCAGAGGAAGAUCCAGGAGGAACUGGAUCAGAAGAUCGGCUUCGAGAGACACCCCCAGCUUAGCGACAGGCAGCAGCUACCCUAUCUGGAGGCCACUAUCAGCGAGGUCCUGCGCAUCCGGCCUAUCUCCCCUCUGCUGAUCCCACAUGUGGCCCUUACGGACGCCAGCAUCGGGGAAUACACCAUCCCAAAGGGAGCCCAGGUCAUCAUCAACAUCUGGUCCCUUCACCACGAUGAGAAGGAAUGGGACAAACCAGAAGAGUUUAACCCAGGUCGCUUCCUGGACGAGCGGGGCAAUCGGCUCUACUCCCCCUCACCCAGUUACCUGCCCUUCGGAGCCGGGAUCCGGGUGUGCCUAGGAGAACGCUUGGCUAAGAUGGAGCUCUUCCUCUUCCUGGCCUGGAUCCUGCAGCGGUUCACCCUGGAGGCCCUGCCGGGCCAGUCGCUGCCCUCGCUGGAGGGCAAGUUCGGCGUGGUACUCCAAGUGCAGCCAUUCAAGAUGGGAAAACCAAGGCACCGGGAGACUGAGGCAGAGCAGAGCAUUUAAUCCGCUUCUCCUGAGUCCCAGGCUGGGGCUCUAACCAGUAGGCCAGCCUUCCUCUUUCCUACAGCUUGUGCUCCUGUCUGCUUGCGGCCAUAAAAGGUUGACAAAAAUAGCUCUGGUGUGCCAAGCAAGUUCCGACAUAGGUAACUACAUUCUGUCUCUCCGUUUGCCUUGCUGUCCUAAUUAGGCAUGUCAGGUUGCCGUGUGCCGGUAGACAUUCACCAUGUUCCACCCAAAGGUCGGUGCUUUCAGUUCUAGGAGCAUGACUUUGGUCCACAUUGUUUAUAUCACAGUAGCACCCAGCAGCGAUCAAGGCCCCGUUGAGCUCCAGACAAUCCCUAAGUUCUCGCACUGGCAGCAUUAGCCCCAAUUUACAUAUGGUAACUAAGGCACUGGGAGAUUAAGUGACUUGGCCAAGAGUCCACUGGAAGAGUGUGGUAGAGCUGGGAAUCAAAACCAUCUCUGCCCAUUGCUGGGCGGGAGUUUUAGCCACGAGCCCAUCCUUGCCCCCUGUAAAGUGUGUUGCUAUAUAAAUAAAUGGUAUUAUCACCUAUCUGCUGGUGCCUUUUAACAUUUACCCUGCAGCGAGCUGGCAUUUUCACUGUCUAUGGUUUUAUGAUCCGCAGCUAUUCAGCAAUCUGGCUGGAUUACAGCAUGUCCUCAGUGAUUGGGAUAACCUUUUACUAGAGUAAAGAGUCUGUGUUUGCUCUCGCCGUAAAAACCAGACUAUACAAGAGGGAGCCAUGCAAUUAGAUUCCCUCCCCACCCCCAUUACCUGAGCUCUUAAUAUUUAACUAAAUAGCAACAAGGCAACAACUUAGAACUAGAAAAAAAAAACCGAAAACCCCAGUGGCAGCAGAGGGAACAUAGAAAGAAAUGAGCUCUUCCCCUGUAUUCAAAAACAGGAGCUGGUAUGAAAUAAACAACAAACCCACACAGAUUCUCCCCUCUCCCCCGACUCCCAUGUGACUUUUGGGAUACUGACACAAUGUUACCCCAAUGAAACCAGAAUGAUUUUGUUAGUGUUGGA